AUGGGCAAAGCACGAACAGAAGCCACGCGCGCCGAGCGCAAAGCAAAGAAGCGCGCUGCCGAAGACCAAAUCCCCGACGUGCCUGAUGCGUGGACCGCAGAGCCUGAAGUCGAAAAGGCCGUCAAGAAAGAGGAUAAGAAAAGGAAGAGAGAUGUAGCUGGGGAGGAUGAGGAGGCUACUCCUAUCAAUGGGGAGAAAGAAAGCAAAAAGGAGAGAAAGAAGAGGAGGAAAGAGGCCGGGGGAGAAGGGGGGACUGUAGAGGAUAGCAAGGUGGUGAAGGAAGAGAAGAAGGCCAAGAAGGAGAAGAAAGCCAAGGUUGAGGAGGAGUCGGCUUCGAAUGUGGAGAUGACAGAUGCGCCGGUGGAUAGAGAGCCAAAGAAAUCAAAGAAAGAGCGCAAAGCCGAGCGCAAGGCGAAGGAGGCUGCUGAAGCUGCUGCGAAUGCGGCGAAUGCGGCGAUUGCGGCGAAAUUUACUACUGCGACAGCUCCAGUUCUGGAAACCAAUGGCGAAAAGAAACCAUCGGCGAAGGGCGAAGCGGCCGAGGAGAAGACUUCGAAAAAGAACAACCGGAAUCGGGAGAAGAAGAGGAAGGGCAAGGCUACGGGUGCCAACGGAGAAGCUGUCGAGGGGCAGGCAGAGGAAAGCCAUGCCGCUCCAAAAUUCAUUGUAUUUGUUGGCAACCUCCCGUUCACGGCAAACACCGCCUCUAUAACGAAGCAUUUCGCCUCCAUAAAACCCAAAUCCGUGCGCGCGCUCACCGAGAAGGAGAAUCCGACGAAGAGCAGAGGAAUCGCCUUCGUCGAGUUCGAGAACUACGACCACAUGAAGACGUGUCUAAAGCUGUUCCACCAUUCGAUGUUUGACGAUGGGAAGAGCGCGCCGAGACAGAUCAACUGCGAAUUGACUGCAGGAGGCGGCGGCAACACCAAAGCCCGUAAGGAGAAAAUCUCCGAAAAAAACAUCAAGCUGAACGAAGAGCGCGCGCGCCGGAUCGCGGAGGAGAAGACGGCCAAGUUGGCGAAGCAGGCUGAAGGCGGCGGGAAGAAGCAUGAGCUGGGCGAGGAUGCGAUUCAUCCCAGUCGGAGACGACAAGUCCCUACUUGA